CAGAACUCUGGAACGGGGAACCGGCGCGCGAUUAAACGGCUGAGAGGAGCCCGGAAACAUUCCUGGCUGGAAAUACUGGAAAUAACGAACUUAACGCGCAAAAUGCGGUCUUGUGAAGAGACAAAGUUUGCGUUUCGUUGCCCGAGUACGAAUCUAUUAGUCGUAUUUCACGGAUGAUUAAUUGAGCGCCAUCAUGAUCGCCACAGGGGGUCUGCUGCGGAUUUCUGCCAGGAGACAGGACUCCCUUCAUGCGAAGAACCGCGCCGAAAACAAGCGCAAGAGGAAAGAGAAGAAAAAGAGGAAGAACGAAGUGGUCGUGGUGAAAGGAAAGCUAAAGCUGUGCUCCGUAUCUGGACUGGUCGCUGCCAUCGGGAUCCUGGUGCUGCUGGUUGGAGUGGCCAUGGCCGUAUUGGGCUACUGGCCCAAAGAGAGUCCGCUUUAUCCAGGACUGAUGAACGCACAGAGGACUUACGACAGCCGAGAAUUAGUCAAUGUGACCGGCAGACCGCCUUGGGAUCUCCUAGAUAAAGACUUCAGGAGCUAUAAUGGCUCCAAUGGGCCUAAACUGGGAGCAUUCGCUGCAUUUAUCAACAGAUACUUAUAUUCGGACAAGCUGAAAGUGUUCGGACCUUUAAUCAUGGGCAUCGGGAUCUUCCUAUUCAUUUGUGGCAAUGCAGUACUUCACGAAAACAGAGACAAAAAGACCAAAAUCAUUAACCUCAGAGACAUCUACUCAACAGUGAUUGACAUUCAUAGCCUGCGGAGCAAGGAGUCGGCGCCGCUCAACGGUUUCGUGAACUACUGCCAAUCGAAAGACACCAAAUCGUACGGUUCCCCUCAUAAGGGCUCCUGGCCGUCUCCAGGCUCUGAGCGACACGACGCAGGUAAUUUGAUCCCAUCCCGACGACCGUCUACCACCAUGCCACGAGCCUCGUCUUUGGAAAGACAGGGCUUUACGGACACCGUCUACAGCAUCUAUCGAGAUCAGAACCGAAUUGGCAAGGAAUGGGAAACCAGGAGCAUCGUGUCCACUUCGGUCAACGCUUUCACUUUGCCAAUGAUGAAGCUCAACCACCGAGGAGCUUCGGAGAGAAGGGGUUCGGAUAAAUCCGGAGAGGCCAAACGAGAGUUCCUGGACGCCGAGGCCAUUUGCAGGCGUUUGGAGGAUUUGGUAGCGUCCAGGACCAUCACGAAGGCCAAAGUGGAGCCUCAUCCCAAGCUUGCGCCGGAUUCGGUGGAGGUUUACAGGAGCAGUGGGAGUUUGCAAGGUGCUCCUCGCGUCUCUCUGCAGGGUUCCCGGGUUCAGCUGCUGCCGUCUGGUUCUCCGAGUCGCAAGGCCGCCGGAUCUCACCUGUCCUUGAGCGCUUUGUCUGACUACUCCAGGUCUGUCGAUCUGGAUAUCUGUCCAACCACCCCUACUUUGGUGCGAUCGAGACGUCUCAGCUGUCCUCGGCUGGAAGGCCUCGGCAGCGGAGGCUACACCAAACUUGAAGGCCUUGGCGGCGAAUCCUUUGAGUCCACAGACAAUGCCACGUUCAGUCGAGAGAGCUCUGUUGAGGUUUUGGAAAAGGACCGGGAGCUUCAUGAUGAGACACUUCGGCAGGAGUGUACCACGAUCAGACAGUAUUCAAAGAAACAAAAGCUCAUAAUGGUUUCCCAGUCGGAUACCACUUUAGAAGAUGUGGAAAUGGAGAGUGUGGACGUUUAACUGGCUGGUAAUCUGACAUGCAGUGAUGGUCUUUAGAAAGCAAUCGAGACUAGGGAUGCACGAUAUUAGAUUUU